CCUUGGGCACCCUGCGCCGGGCCCUGUGCCGGGCCCGCAGGUACUCAAUAAAAUAUGCUGUUGUCAAUAGGAAUGCUGAUGUUGUCUGCCACUCAGAUAUACACUAUCCUGACUGUUCAGUUAUUUGCUUUCCUGAACCUUUUACCUGUGGAGGCAGAUAUUUUAGCAUAUAACCUUGAAAAUGGAACGCAGACCUUUGAUGAUCUACCUGCUAGAUUUGGCUACAGACUGCCAGCGGAAGGCUUGAAGGGAUUCCUAAUAAAUUCAAAACCAGAAAAUGCCUGUGAGCCUAUAGCCCCACCUCCACUAAGAGACAACUCCUCCAGUGCUUUUAUUGUGUUAAUCCGAAGGCUUGAGUGCAACUUUGAUAUCAAGGUUUUAAAUGCACAGAGAGCUGGAUACAAGGCAGCUAUAGUUCACAAUGUUGAUUCUGACGACCUCAUAAGCAUGGGAUCCAACGACAUUGAGGUUUUGAAGAAGAUUGACAUUCCUUCUGUCUUCAUUGGUGAGACAUCAGCCCGUUCUCUUAAAGAAGAAUUUACUUAUGAAAAGGGUGGCCAUGUAGUGUUGAUCCCAGAGUUCAGUCUUCCUUUGGAGUACUACUUAAUCCCUUUCCUAAUAAUAGUGGGCAUCUGUCUUAUUCUCAUUGUCAUCUUUAUGAUCACAAAAUUCGUGCAAGACAGACACAGAGCAAGAAGGAAUCGGCUUAGGAAGGAUCAGCUGAAGAAACUUCCUGUACAUAAAUUUAAGAAAGGAGAUGAAUAUGAUGUAUGUGCCAUUUGUCUGGAUGAAUAUGAGGAUGGAGACAAGCUCAGAAUCCUUCCAUGUUCUCAUGCAUAUCACUGCAAGUGUGUGGACCCCUGGCUGACAAAAACAAAAAAGACCUGUCCCGUGUGCAAGCAGAAAGUGGUCCCUUCGCAGGGGGACUCUGACUCGGAGACGGACAGCAGCCAGGAAGAGAACGAAGUGUCUGAAAACACUCCUCUGCUCAGGCCCUUGGCCUCAGUCAGCACUCAGUCCUUUGGGGCUCUCUCGGAGUCUCACUCCCACCAGAACAUGACCGAGUCCUCAGAGUACGAGGAGGACGACAACGACAACAUCGACAGCAGCGACGCGGAGAACGGAGCCAGCCAGGAGAGCGUCGUGGUGCAGCUGCAGCCCGGAGACGACAGGGAGUACCGAGUGGCCAACACUGUCUGAGACUACUAACCACCAGUAGUGUAUGAGCAGGUGUUCUUCAGGCUAUGCUUUACAAACCUUUACGUAGGGAGUAUAUUUUAACCUGUAAUCCUUUUGGUUUCUUCGGUAGGAGCAGCAGUUCAUGUAGUAGUACUAUGGUUAAAUCAUUGCCGCUAGGUUUGGUUUUGAUUCAGGUAUUCAGCCACACAUUCUGUCUUCUCAAAGCAGUUAACUGGACUUCACCACACUAAUGAACAACCUUAAUAGCUUCUCUCAAUAGAAGUAUCACAGACUCUGUGUCUAUCUUGUUGAAAAGGGGGUUUAUCUGGAAGUAACUUUGUUGCUGUCUUGUAGCUGCCAGGGGGUCAUACUGAUAGCAAUAUUUAUUACAUGUAUGGUAUGUGUUACCCCUUUAAGCCCAACAAAAAAACCCAAAACUGUAUUUGCAUGUUUGUAGAGAGCUUUCCUAAAAGCUGUCACCACUACUGAAAGCAAAAUGUAGAACUGAUUGAUACUCCAUGUGCUGGUGUGACAAACAAAGCAGAAAAAAGUUCCACUUUGAUCUCAGAGCAGCGAUUCCAGAUAAUCCUCUGGAGUUUGUCACAGCAGCUGAGUUUAAGCUGUUCCAUUGAACGGUUCCUAGGGUAAGGAAACUUAGGAUAUAUGUUUAGUUUUGAGCAAUCCACGAGGUAAGAUCCACCAGGAGCACAUUAACUAUCCCCAUUUGCCACUAGGAUGCAGCCUGGUUUCCCAGUGAUGCCAUGGGAGUUGGGGGGAGGAGGGAGGCAGUGACCAAAGCAGAGGUGGUGUUCCAGAUAGAGGAAUGAUGUAGGUAAGUAUUCUCUUGGUCCUCAACUCAUAUACCUCUUACUAAAGAGCAUUUGAUGCUGCAUUCCUCUGCUAAACAAUGUAUAUAGAGAAUUUGUUCUUUCCAAACAGCUGAUCUGAAACAAGUGCUUCAACUGCUAACAGAGCUCAGUACUCACCAGGGGAUGAGGGGGAGCAAAGCUGUAGAGUGCCUCUGUGACUGUCUAGAGUACAAACAGACCUGUCAUCAACAUGCAGAGAUUUUUUUUUUUAUAUGGCCUUGAACAA